AUGGCUCCUGUAAAAAGCGUUUGCUUUAUUGGCGCCGGCUUCGUCGGCGGCCCCAGUGGUGCUGUACUCGCUCUCAAGAACCCCGACGUCGAGGUCAGCGUUGUCGACCUGAGCGAAACCCGCAUUGCAGCAUGGAACUCCGACGCCCUCCCCAUCUACGAGCCCGGUCUCCUCCCUGUCGUCAAGGAGGCGCGUGACGCCGAGGUCCGCCCUCAGAACCUCUUCUUCACAACCGACGUCAAGGGAACCAUUAAGCGCGCAGACAUCGUCUUCAUCUGUGUCAACACCCCCACCAAGACUGCCGGUAUUGGCGCUGGAAAGGCCCCCAACAUGGCCUACUUCGAGUCUGCCACCCGUAUGAUCGCCGCUGAAGCCGAGAGCGACACCAUCAUUGUCGAGAAGAGUACCGUGCCCUGCAGAACCGCCGCCAACAUGAGAGAGAUUCUGAAGGCUGUUGGCAAGCCUGGCGUCAACUUUGAGAUUCUGUCGAACCCUGAGUUCUUGGCUGAAGGUACCGCCGUCGCCGAUCUCAUGAAGCCCGACCGUAUCUUGAUCGGUUCCAUGCAGACCCCUAGCGGCCUCGAGGCAGCAGAGGUCCUCGCUAACCUUUACGGUAGCUGGGUACCCAAGGAGAACAUCCUGAAGACAAACAUCUGGUCCUCCGAGCUUGCCAAGCUCGCUGCCAACGCGCUGCUGGCUCAGCGUAUCAGCAGUAUCAAUGCCCUGAGCGCAAUCUGCGAGGCCACUGGUGCCGAUGUUGGCGAGAUUGCCUACGCCGCAGGUUUGGACAGCAGAAUUGGCUCCCGCAUGCUCCAGGCUUCGGUCGGCUUCGGAGGUUCGUGUUUCCGUAAGGACGUGCUCAACCUUUCCUACAUGGCCGAGACUUUGCACCUUCCCGAGGUCGCCGCCUACUGGCAAUCUGUUGUCGCUAUCAACGAAUGGCAGAAGUCUCGCUUCACCAAGCGUGUCAUCUCAACUCUAUAUGGAACUCUUACCGGCAAGAAGAUUGCCGUCUACGGUUUCUCCUACAAGAAGAACACUGCCGACACUCGUGAGAGUGCCGCUAUCUCCGUUGUCAAGGAUCUUAUCGCCGAGCAGGCCAAGGUUUGCAUCUACGACCCUCAAGUCACCAAGGCACAGAUCUGGGAGGAGCUCGAUAUCAAUGGAUGCCAUCUCGCAGACGUCGAGAAGUUCGUCACCAUUGCACAAAACCCUUACGACUGUGCCUCCGAGUCGCACGCUGUCAUCGUCUUGACUGAGUGGGACGAGUUCUCCAACAAGGAUGUCGUCGACUGGGAACAGAUCUUCGACAUCAUGGAACGUCCGGCAUUCGUUUUUGACGGCCGUAGAGUGAUUGACGCCGGCAAGUUGCAACGGCUAGGAUUCCGCGUCGAGUGCAUCGGCAGAGGCAACCCAUUCUAA